UCAGGAGGUGUGUCUAGUCCAGUUUGUUGUCUUCUUGAGACGGUAAGCAGCAGCAGAGUUUCAGGACUUUGCUCCAUAGUUUCCUGCUGUAGCUUCAUGAACUACUAACAGCAUUUGAAGCUGCUUUUCUAACAGCUUUUAACCUGCUGAGUUUUGUUAAUGCAACAGAUUUGGACUCGCAGCUUGUAAAGAGUUUGCUGAGACAGAAAUAGAACAGAAAUAGCUCCUGUAGCUCACAGAGAACUGGCAGUGGAUCGUUUUGGCUGAUAUUCACCUCAACUGGUGGAGAGUGGCUGUGUGGCUCCUGUGUGUAACGCCUGUGUUUUUCUGUUUUUCCUGUGAAGUAGGUAGCCUCACACAACAUGUCCUCUCCAGAGAUCGCCUCUCUCUCCUGGGGCCAGAUGAAGGUGAAGGGAUGCUCCUCCACCUACAAGGACUGUAAGGUCUGGCCUGGAGGCAGCCGGGCCUGGGACUGGAGAGAGACUGGAACCGAACAUCGACCAGGAGUCCAGCCAGCUGAUCUGGAGGAGGUGCUGAAGAAGGGAAUAGACUUGCUGGUCAUCGGCAGAGGCAUGAAUGAAGUUCUGCAGGUUCCCUCCACCACUGUGGACUUUGUGAAGCAGAAAGGCGUCGAUGUCCGAGUCCUGCAGACGGAGAAGGCCGUCGCUGAAUACAACAAACUGGCCGGCCAGGGCGCCAAAGUGGGCGGAGUCUUCCACUCAACCUGCUGAUGAUGUUACCGUUUCUCUGCUGCACCAAUCAAAAUGUUGAGUUUAAGAUCAAAUUAAAGAUGCAAUAAAUUUGUUUUAGGGGAUUCAUUUUGUGGAAUGUUAACCUUUUGGAGUCUUGGCCUAUAUUGUCCGCUUUUGAAUCCAUUUUUAUUCUGCCUGUAUAAACAACUUAAAAAUGUUUACAAUGCUGUGUUUUUUUUCCAGCACAACUUCAACUAUAUGACCUGAUAAUUAUUUUUUCACUUCGACUUACUGGAUCAACAUUUUCAACCACAUAAAAAAGCACAAAAAAGA